AUGGCUAUUCCCCACAUACUUGGGCUCCCCAUGGAGCUUAUCUACCUGAUUUUCCAGGAGUUUUCGCCAAAAGAGGUGGUACCCUUUGCCCAAACAUCACAAACCGCUCUCGCUCUCUCCCUAUCGAUCGUUGACCUGGGAGAGGUGUUCAAAUGGGCCUGUGAAGACAAUAAUGAGCAAGCGAUGAAUUUUGUCCUCCCUAGUAUUCUGCAUGCAAUGGAGAAAGAUCCGGGUAUGGUAUUCGACGCCCUGGCGAACGCCUGCAGAUGCCGCAAGGUUAAGGCUGUACAGCUCUUAAUUAAAGCCGGUGUCCCUGUCGAGCUGCCAAGAGGGCUCUCUCGGUACAGUUUGGGGCCGCGGUUUUAUAACACGCCUCUUGGUUGCGCCAUGAGAGACCCCGAUCCCGAAGUUCUGGAUCUACUUCUCGACCUCGGUGUCAAUAUCAGCACCGCUGUAAUCCAUUAUUCGGACCCACUAGCUCCAUAUAUACCAAACCCAGCCCCACUGCACCAUGCAGUAAUGCAUGGAUUUAUACAACUGGUUCGUAUCCUCUUGGCUCGCGGUGUCGACGCAAAUCAGCACGAUCGGUUCCACAGAUCCAUGUUGUCACUGGCCGCCGACUACGGCCACGUCGAGAUAGUCAAGCUCUUGCUUUCUCGCGGUGCUGAUGUCCAGUCAACUGAUUACAAGGGCAGGGCCGCUUUAUCAUACGCCACGGAUCGGGGGUAUCUGGCCAUUGUUCAUCUUUUACUAGACGCCGGGGCCCAGAUUAAUGCUGCCGACAAAAACGGCUGUACACCGUUGAUGCGCGCCGUCUUGAAAAACCACGAUGGGCUUGUGAGACAGCUCGUGCAGCGCGGAGCAGACAUCCACAUGGAAAACAAGCGUGGCCGCACUGCGCUAUCCCUCGCAGCAAGUCCAAACCUUGCCCAGAUAGUGCAGUAUCUUGCGAGCCGGGGGGCGGAUGCAAAUCAUGUCUCUCGGAGCGGGCGAAGUCCCAUGUGCUAUGCGGAGGAAAGAAAGAGGAAAGAAGCAAUCAAGGCUCUCGAGGCAGCGGGCUGUCGACGAACCCGCUGUUGGAGAUGGCGUGGCCGUCACCAGGAGCAUUUAUGGAAUUGCAACUCUGAUGCCGACGACGCAAACUAA